AACAAAACACAUCCUAAAUUUUUUUCUUUCAUAUUUUUUUUUAAUUCCUUUUUUUUUCUUUAAACACUCUCAACAAGCGUUCACUGAUCAGAAAUUCAGAACCAAAAGCAAGGUCUCUCUGAAGGUAAAGCCCUAGUGGUGAGAUGAUGGGGAAGCAAAAAAGGAAAGAGAUUGUUGAAUCAAACAAGAGCGACGACGAGAACCGGAGCAGCGAAUGCGGAGGGGCGACGAGUGAAGUAAUCAACGAAAUUACGCAUGAAGUUUCCGGUGCGCAUACAGUGAAACCCCGCCCCAUCUUCAUCCUGGAAGAUGCCUCUCUUGAAGUAGGCCUUGUUCACAAGAAACGUAAGAUUCUGAGUUCUAGCGAAGACAGCACCUUCAUGUUAAAGCAGGGGAAAAAUCCAAACAAUUAUCGUCCUGACAUUUUUUUCGAGGCACUUCGGGCAAUCUUAGAUAGCCCACUAAAUAAAGUAGGAAUGGUUGGAGCUGUCUAUGCCAGAACUAGUUCUGGUGUUGUUUUCGAGGUCAAGCCCCAUACUCGUAUACCUAGAACGUGCAAACGGUUCUGUGGCCUCAUGGUGGAGCUGUUCCAGAAGUCUUGUGUCCGUGCCAAAGAUACUGGAGAAGUUCUUAUCCGAGUCCUUAAAGGGUCUUUGACACAGCAUAUACCUGAAAAUGCUCGUGUAAUUGGCCUAUCAUAUAGUUCAGAGAAGGUGGUUGAUAUAGAGGACUAUGUUUCUACUCUGCCAGAUGAACAGGACAUUGUUUUUGUGGUGGGUACGAUGGUCAAUGGUAAAGUUAGCCAGGACGGAAAGGAUGACUAUAUUUCAGGUUGAAUGUUGAAACUUGAUCCUGAUGAAUCUUAGUUGAACUGUGCGUAACAUUAAGUUCGAGUUAGAAGUAGUAUGGUUAAGAAAGUACCAUGUUUCUCCUGGAAUUUUAUGGUUGUUUAGUGGGUUGUACUAGGGAACAUAGUAGGGACCAUGUUGGGUGGAUGUUGGAAGAUGAAUGGGG